AUGCCAAGUUACCAACCCCCUCCCCUCCGCAUCGCCAUCAUCGGCGGCGGCCCCGGCGGUCUCGGUAGCGCCAUCGCCCUCUCAUCACUCCCUAACGUCGUAGUAACAUUGUACGAGCGAGCGAAAGAACUGCGAGAGAUCGGUGCGGGAAUCCGUGUGGGGUUUAAUGGAUGGAAAGUGCUUGAGCUAUUAGGUGCUGAUGAGGACGUGAGAGGACAUGUAGAGAGUAGCGUGUUGCAUCGUAAUGGGUUGAGCGGGGAGAUUGUGAAGGAAAGUCCCCUUUCGAAGUACCCGAUUAGGUAUCAUCCGCAGAGAGUAAGGAGGACGAGGUUGCAAUCUGCGCUUAUUUCCAAAGUUCCUGAGGGAGUCAUUAAGCUGAACAAGAAACUCGUUGGGCUUGAAGAUUUGUCGGAGAAUGGAGUCAAGUUGACUUUCGAAGACGGAAGCGAGGUGAUCGCUGAUCUGGUUGUUGGGGGUGAUGGAAUCCGCUCGGUGGUGAGACAACAUGUAUUCCCGGAACAUACUAUCCAAUUUACAGGGACAACGAUAUUUCGGGUUCUUGUUCCCGUUUCGUCAGUAUCAAAUAUAUCUGAUAUGAUGCCGUCAACGCAAUGGUGGCAUGGUCCAACGGGACACUUUUACUGUUCUCUGGUCGAUGACCCAGCGGAAACCGACGAAAAGAACCAGUUGUUCGAGAUUGCUGCACGGAAGUUAAUAGAUCCAUCGACUGACUUGACGAAGAAGUUCAGUUGGGGUGUACCCGCCACGAAUGCGCGAGUAGAAGGGUUCUUUACGGACUACGACCCGAGGGUACUGGAAGCACUCUCUGUCGUACCUGAAGGACAUUGGAAAGAGUUUUCUGCUUUCGCUGGACCUCGACUGGAAAAGCUUACGGCGUGGAACGAGAAAAUCGUGUUGAUUGGCGACGCAAGCCAUCCGCUUUCUGGAGCAUUCGGAUCUGGUGCGACGUUUGCCAUGGAAGACGGAUGGAUACUUGCUCGUGCGAUUGAAUAUUCUCGCGGUGUUGGUGGGAAUUUGAGUCGUGCAUUGGAGGUAUUUGAUAGUAUCCGGAGCCCUUAUUAUGCGAGAAUGUAUACGCACUUGGACGAGCAGAAACAAAAAGUACAGAAUUCAAAAGCGACGAACCAAGGCCAGAGUUUCGAGUUGACCCUGCGAACUAGAAUUGCUGCUUUUGGUGGUGAAGAAAAGCUGUCUUGGAUUUAUGGUAACGAUAUUGGAGAAGUCUGGAGCGACUUUCUUCGAACCUCGGAAAAGAGCGACGCAUAG